AUGAGCGCUGAUCUGCUGAAAAUAUGUGAUCCACUGGCAUAUUACAACCAGUUUUUGCUAGAAUCAGUAUAUCCCGAUGGUCGAUCAAUUAGUCGUUUUCGGCCCAUAUUACUUCAAUUGGGUAUAAAUGGUAAACUUAGCGGUUCCAGUUUGGCCCGACAAGGUGGUGCAACCGUCACUUGUAGAAUUGAGUCCUCUUUGAUUCCGGUAUCUGAUGCUCCUGUCAUUGUUCCAGUAAUACAAGCUGCUCCAAAUGUUUCAAAAAAUUUUGUUGAAGAUGGUAUGGUUAUGAUCACUCAACUUAUUGCACAAAAUUGUUUUUGCGGAAAAGACGCAUUAAAAACUGCUGGUGGAAGGCUCACGUGGCUUCUUCAUUUGCAUAUUAUGAUUUUAAGUGUUGAUGGAGCACUAUGCGAUGCUUUAUGUACUUGUGUAGCUGGAGCACUAGUGGAUUUACGACUACCCAAAGUUUCGCUUAAUUGGGAUGAAGAUAUACCCAUUGAUAUUACUAAAGUUGAACUGAGUGAAACAUUUCAUCAUAUCGAAAUCACUGAUAUCCCCGUAUCAUGUACAUUUAUUGUACAUGAAGGACCAAACAAAGAAAUGAAAAUACUUUGCGAUCCAGUUUCUGAGUUAUAUCGAAUUAUACCUCACAAAAUUGUUGUGGUAACAGGCAAUAAUGGUCGAAUUCAUCGAAUAAAUCAAUUAGGCUCGUGUGGUGGUGACUCAACGAUGCAACGCGUAGUUCAUAUAGCUAUUAAACGGCAGAAAUUAUUGGCUGAUGCAUUGAUAAGAGCUAGGGAUGCUCAUUUAUUAAUGGAGCGAAAAAAGUGA